UGCAAAAACAUUCAAGCGCGCUUCAUCUAAAGUUACUUAGCCUUUUCCGCUGCGGUUUUAUGUGGUUAAUAGAAUUAAAGAAAUAUCUUAUUGCUUAAAACCUAAAAACAUUUAUUUUUUAAUUUUUAAUCGUAAUAAAAUCAUUGUUUUUAUACAUUGUUUAUAAACUAAUGUUUCUGAUUUAAUUAAAAUUGAAACAAAUCUUUAAAAGUUAGGGGGAAAAACGAUUUUUUACAAUUGUUUAAUUCUGUUGAAUUUUGUAAAUUUCUUUUCUCUUCUUUGUGCUUGUUUUUGCAGAAUUUUUGUAACUGACUCAACAAAAAUAAUUAUUUUUUUAUUAGUUUCUCCUGAAUUCACGUGCAAAUUUUACACAGACAGAGUGUGAAGUGGAAAAAUUCCCAUCAUCUCAAUAAUCCGAUAAAGCUUAGACUUAUCGUUGGAGCUUGCGCGCAAAGGUAGUUAAUAUCGUUGAUUCUUUGCAUAUCAAUUAAAUUUUAUUCAGUUGUACGGUAUGAGCUAUUGUUUGAAUCUUGGUGGGGGGUGGCUAGAAAAGUGAUUUAAAAUUGUUCUGUAGAACAUCGUCGUACUCCAUUUGAUGGUAAAACGCUGAAAAGUGCGGGAAAUUGAGGUGGUGAUCCCGCGUGGAAGUGAAUUUAGUGCUUCUGGAUUAUUGGCUUUUAUUGUGCGAAGUAUAAAUUAGGUGAUAUCAAUUGGACAGGAUCUUGCUGUUUCUACUGAAAUCUGGCGUCAAUCUAGAUUAAUAUAUUAAUAAUAGCGCAGUAGUGGGUUAAUUAGUUUCCGCAAAACACAGAAAUUCUUCAUUUUUCUCAACUCGUAUUUUUCCAACAAAAGUUCAAUAGAAUUUUCUGUGGACUAUCCAUUUAGUUUCACCCUGGCAGAGUGGCUUUUUGGACGUGAAAAAUGACUCGAACUGUUUUGUUUUGUUUCCUUGUGACCUUUGCUAUUUUGAUAAAUCUACGAAAGAUAUCAGCUUGCAAUGGAUACAAGACAAAAUUGCAUUACCUGGAAAAUUGCGACAGCAAUUCUAUAAUUAAAGUGGAUAAUAACUUUACGGUGGAUCUCACUAAGAAUUGCGAAGUUAUAGCAAAUGGAUGCAUUCAUACUGUAGGCUUCCAGAAGGCUUACAUGAGAGCGACUAUAAGGAAAAAUGGGAUGGUAAUGCAUCGAAUGGAAGCGGAUUUAUGCGACACAAUGUCCAAGGCAUCUGAAGAAGCUAAAAACUAUCUUAGACUUUUCGGACUUCCGGAUAGAUGUCCAGUUGAACCAGGUAAAAAUUGUCAGGAUGAAUCUACAAAAGCUGAUAUAAGCAAAUACAAGAGAUAUCUUUCCCUUGCCAGAGGUCUCAUCCAGAUUGAAGCAAUGAUUGAGCAUGAAAAUGGGAAAUCUUGUAUAAAAGCAGAGACGGAAAUAACAAAGUAAAAGAAGGAAAUUACCAAAUAAUCAUUAACUUUUGGCAAUGUAUAAAAAAAAAUAAAUAACUGAUUUGCUAAGUUUAGUAAUAAAGGCAAUGUUGCGUGA